AGCGCGUGACGUUCUCGUAAUUCAGAUUAUAUGACCUAAGUUUACAAAUCUUGCUUGCUUUGAGUAUGAUGGGGCGCAGAACACCCGGUGCCAUCUGAUAUGACGUCAUUGUUUUACUUCCUUGUUAUUUUCACUUAGUCGCCAUUUCGAUUGUAGUCAUGGUGUACAGAGCGACUACUUUGCGAGGGUUGGCCAACUCACAGAUGGUAGUUGGGGCUGUAAUGAUCGUGUUUGGAGUAGCAUGUAUUAUCUCCGCUCAACACUGGAGUUCCUACUUUGGUUUUGGCGUCUGGGUUGGCCUUUGGGUUUUAAUCACUGGGAUUUUGGGAUACAUAGGAGCAAGAGAUGACUCAAUCCCAAACAAUUGUUUGAUUGGAUGUUUUAUGGGCUUCUCCAUUUCAAGUUGUGUCCUCUCAGGAGCAAUGUUCAUCUGCUAUUGCAUUACUCUUGCAAGCUACUCCGAUAUGAAGGCAUACUGUUCAAACUCUUACUAUAGCAAGAGAUAUGAUGGUUCCUAUACCUACCAUGAUUGCUAUCAGCAUUAUGGCUUCCACAGAGAUACAGCAGUAAAUGUGGCUGGUUUAGGUUCAUGUCUUCUUCUUAUCUCCUUGGGUGAGUUCUUCUUGGCCCUUGCAUCAUCCAUCUAUUGUUGUACGGCAGUGUGUUGUGGUACCUCACCAGCAGUUGUGAGUAAUACAAGGACCAACCAGCAACUGAUGUGUAUACAGCCUCAGCACAUGUACCCAGGGGCACAGCCUGGUGUGGUUUUAAUGCAGACUGAUGCUGGUGUGGUGCCACAGGGAUACCCAGCAAUGGGCCAGCAACCUGUGUAUAUAGCCCAGCAGCCUGGGGUGAUUGCACAACCUGGGGUAGCCUUUCAGCAGCCUCAUUACUGGGCUGUUCCCUUAGGAUCCAACCCAGCUGAGGCAGUGACUGCGCCCUAUUCAGAUGCUGCCUCCCA